AUGCCUUCCAAACCACUCGCCGACCAUCCGCUCCAACCUAAGAAGGUGCACGGCGUGACCCGCGACGACGCUCCGAUUGACGACUACGAGAACGCCGUCCGCUCGAAGCAGCAGGAAGAAGAGCCCUCAGACAGGGGCAAUGAUGCCCCAUCACAUUUUGGAACGUCUACACGACAUAAGGGCGCUCGGACUCGAUCCCAGGGUUCGGAGAAUCGAUCGACCACGGGGCGUGUCUGA